AUGCUUCAGCGAGAGGACGCCAUCCUCAACAAGAAAGUCAACGGCAAGAAGGCAACACUUGGUGGCCAGGGGCGACAUGAGUCUAUACCAUUUGCGAGUGACAUGGCUGCGUUCUUGAAAGACGUUUGUGACCAGGAGCAUAUCCUGACUCAUACGCAUUUGAUCUCGUUCAUGAAACUGCACCACAUGGAGUGGCUGGAAGAGUACCUGGCGGCAAAGACGAACGACGACCGAGCCUACCACAGCCUCAUGAGGCUCUGUCAACGCUUUUCAUUGCGCUAG